AGACAAGAGGCUAGGGUUUUAAGCCUCGGCCAUUUUUUCGUCUCCACAGCUCCCGCCGCAGCCGCCGCCGCCGCCGCCUGGGGUCAGCGCGUUCCUCCCCACCGGGCACCGGCGCCUCCUCGUUCGCGCGGCGACCAUGGCGGAGCAGACGGAGAAGGCUUUCUUGAAACAGCCCAAGGUCUUUCUCUGUCCCAAGAAGGCCGCCAGGGGGAACAAGCCUGGCAAGGGUGGGAACAGGUUCUGGAAGAACAUCGGCCUUGGGUUCAAGACCCCCAGGGAAGCCAUUGAAGGAACCUACAUUGAUAAGAAAUGCCCAUUCACUGGCACUGUGUCUAUCAGGGGUCGCAUCAUUGCUGGAACAUGCCACAGUGCUAAGAUGAACAGGACCAUUAUUGUUCGUAGGAAUUAUCUUCACUUUGUCAAGAAGUACCAGAGGUAUGAGAAGAGGCACUCCAACAUCCCCGCACACAUUUCACCGUGCUUCCGUGUGAAGGAAGGAGACCAUGUGAUCAUUGGCCAGUGCAGGCCACUAUCAAAGACUGUGAGGUUCAAUGUGCUCAAAGUCAUUCCGGCAGGUUCAAAGAGCGGAGCAGUGAAGAAGGCUUUCACGGCCGCUUAAGAUGAUGAAGAGUAAACCAUCAGAGGACCAGAAAAGCUUUAGUUAUACCAUUUUGAUGCUGCCUAGCCUUUUUUUUCAUAUUUACUGUGUACUAGGAAUUUGACUUCAAUCACUUCCAGAGCUUGAAAUCGUGAAAAUUUCAGAACCCUGUGUGUAUUGCUCAGUACCUUCCGAUUUUAGUCGUAUUCGUUUGAAUUGUUUGCAUCCAUAGUGGCCUGUAUCAGCCAUUGUGGUCAGACUGCCUGCACGGUUGCACCAUGUGAUUGCAAUAAAGUUCUAUUUCCCUCAA